AUGGCUACUUCAUCUUCAUUCUCCUCCUCCUCCCUCUACGUUGGUGAUCUCCACCCAGACGUCUCUGAGUCCCUCUUGUUCGAGCUGUUCAACCAGAUUGGUCCAGUUGCUAACCUUAGGAUCUGCCGUGACACUACCACCCGUCGUUCCCUGAGCUAUGCUUACAUCAACUACCACAGCGCUGCUGAUGCCGAGCGUGCUUUGGACACGUUGAACAACAACCCAAUCAGGGGCAAGCCAUGCCGCAUCAUGUGGUCUCAGCGUGACCCAAGCCUCAGAAAGUCUGGCGUCGGCAACAUCUUCAUCAAGAACCUCGACAAGACUGUUGACCAUAAGGCCCUCUACGAUACGUUCUCGGCCUUUGGCAACAUUCUGUCCUGCAAGGUCGUCACCGACGAGACCAACGUCUCCAAGGGUUACGGCUUCGUCCACUACGAGAGCCAGGAGUCUGCUGAGAAGGCCAUCGCCAAGGUCAACGGAAUGAUGAUCAACAACCUCAAGGUCUACGUCGGUCCAUUCAAGUCGUCCAAGGAGAGAGGUGCAACCCACGAGCUCAAGUACACCAACGUCUUUGUCAAGAACCUCAACGAGGACGUCACCAUUGAGGAGCUGACCCACAUGCUCGCUGUCUACGGCCCAAUCACCAACGUCGCCAUUAUGUCUGACGAGGAUGGCAAGAGCAAGGGCUUCGGUUUCGCCAACUUUGAGACCCCAGACGCUGCCAAGAGAUGCGUCGAGGCCGAGAACGGAAAGGUCCACAACGGCAAGCCAUUGUACGUUGGACGUGCCCAGAAGAAGAUGGAGCGUGAGGCUGAGCUCAAGUCCCUCCGCGAGACCAAGUACCAGGGUGUCAACUUGUACAUCAAGAACUUGGACGACACCAUCGACAACGAGAGACUGCGUGCCACCUUUGCUCCAUUCGGCACCAUCACCUCCUCCAAGGUCAUGAGAGACGACUCUGGCGGCAAGGGCACCUCCAAGGGCUUUGGCUUUGUCUGCUACUCGUCCCCAGACGAGGCCAGCAAGGCUGUCGCCGAGAUGCACGGUCGCAUGGUCGGUACCAAGCCACUGUACGUCGCUCUUGCCCAGCGCAAGGAGAUCCGUCGCGCUCAGCUUGAGGCUCACCACAGCAAGCUAAAGACCGUCCCACGUGGAAUCCCAGCUUCCCCACUCUACCCAGGCGGCCCAUUCAUCUACCCACAGCCAACUGGCAUGCCAGUCGUUUACCCCCAGAUGAUGCCACGUCCACCACGUCAGGGAUGGACCGGUCCAGUCCCACCCCAGGGUCAGUACCCAAUGCCAUACCAGACCGUCCGCAACCCACGCGGAGGUGUCCCACAGGCCAACCACCGUGGUCAGCCAAGACCCAGACCAGACGGACAGCAGCCAGUCGUUCCACAACAGCCAGCCGCCGCCUCGCCAGUCGAGCCAACCAUCACCGAGCCAACCACCCAGGAGCAGAUCAGCUUGAACACCAUCAAGGCCAUGCAGCGUGAUCAGCAGAACUCCAUCCUCGGAGAGAUGUUGUACCCAUUGAUCCACGCCAGCCAGCCAGAUCUCUCUGGUAAGAUCACUGGUAUGCUCCUCGACUCGCUCACCGUCGACGACCUCUUCCAGCUUGUCCAGAGAUCCGACCUCUUGGCCGAGAAGAUCAAGGAGGCUUUGGAGGUUCUCACCAACCCAGCCGAGGAGACUCCUGCCAACUAG